CACAGCAGCCUCCGUCCAGCACAAGCAAAGCGCAACCGAGCAAAUGAACGGAAAAUCCCGGCGCUGUGCGAUCAGGAAGGUUUAGAGGGGAUCAUGGCAGCUCAAGAACCCUCUCCUCCGUCCUCUAUGGAGAACAACAAGCCAGGGUUCCCGAAGAAGAUUCUGGCCAACAAACUUGAAGAUAAACAUUUAUGCAACUGCUGUCAGAACAUUCUGAGGAGACCGUUCCAAGCUCAGUGCGGCCAUCGCUUUUGCUCUUACUGCUUCAACCGGACUGUUGGAUCUGGACCACAGAAAUGUAAUGCCUGCAUCAAAGAGGACAUCUUCGAAGAGCCCACGUCAAUCCUCAAACAAGGCUGCGCGUUUCCCGACAAUGCAGCCAGAAGAGAAGUUGAAAAUCUUCCAGCCGUGUGCUUCAAUGAGGGCUGUUCCUGGAAAGGCAGUAUUAAAGACUAUGAGUUAAGCCACGAAGGGAAGUGUGAGUUCAUGAUUCUGCCCUGUCCCUUGUGCAAAGAGCUCAUUAGAUUUAACGAACAGGAACGUCACAACGAACGAGAGUGUCCCGAGAGAACGCUCAACUGCAAAUACUGUAAAGAACCGUUUCACUUCAAAAACAUCAAGGCCCAUGAUGAGAUCUGUCCCAAAUACCCUAUGAUUUGUGAAGGAUGUGCGAAGAAGAAAAUCCCCAGGGAAAAGUAUGUUGACCACAUUAAGUUCUGCAGCAAAUUCAGGACUCCAUGCAGAUAUCAUGUGGUUGGCUGUGACAUGUUGGUGGAGAAGGAGAAAAUUCACGAGCACGAGCGUGCCUGUGCCCACGAGCACCUGAACCUGCUGCUGCACUACAUCAUGGGCAUGAAGGUCAGCCUGGAGGGUCUGCAGCCCCAGAGCCUGGAUCUGGCGGGCCACAAAGCACACGAGCUGCACCAGGCGCUGCGGGACCUGGAGACGCGUGUCAGUCAGUUAAGUGGAGCUCCCGUGCAGGGGGUCCCGUCCUCAUCAUCUUCCUCUUCGGCCUCUUCAUCCUCCGCUCCGCCUCCACCCGCACCCACCGCCACGCUGCCCACCUCCUUCACUCCUCUGCCCAGCUCGGUGGGCGCUGCGCUGGAACUGCAGCUCCAUAGCGAGAAGACCAAGGUGGCGGACCUGGGCAGGCGCUGUCAGGAGCUGGAGGUGAAGGCCGGUACGUUUGAGGACGUUGUGUGUGUGCUGAAUCGAGAGGUGGAGCGAUUCGCCACCACCAUGGAGGCCAGCAACCGACAGCACAGACUCGACCAGGACAAAAUAGAGGCCCUCAGCAACAAGGUGCGUCAGCUGGAGCGUCAGGUUGGUGUUAAAGAUCUGACUGUAGCAGAAAUGGAGGGCCGACUGAGAGAAAUGUCUGCAACCACGUUUGACGGCGUCUUUAUCUGGAGGAUUUCAGACUUCACCAAAAAGAGACAAGACGCCAUUGCUGGACGAGCACCUGCCAUGUUUUCACCUGCGUUUUACACAAGUAAGUACGGCUAUAAGAUGUGCCUGCGCAUUUACCUGAACGGGGACGGGACGGGGCGCGGGACGCACCUCUCGCUGUUUUUUGUGGUCAUGAGAGGGAUGAGCGACGCGCUGCUCAAAUGGCCCUUCAACCAGAAGGUGACUCUGAUGCUGCUGGACCAGAGUAACCGCGAGCACAUCAUCGACGCCUUUCGUCCCGACAUCACGUCCUCCUCGUUCCAGCGACCCGUCAGCGAGAUGAACAUCGCAAGCGGCUGCCCGCUCUUCUGCCCACUCGCAAAGCUGGAGGGCAAGAACUCCUACAUUCGGGACGACACCAUCUUCAUCAAAGCCAUCGUGGACCUGACCGGUCUCUAGCUGUGUGCGUGUAUGUGUGUGUGUGCGUGUAUGUGUGUGCUUGGACUAGAGUGACCCCGAACAGCUCACACACAGUGUUGAGAGAAGUAGUAAGUAAUA